AUGGACGAAAUUAAUUUGCCUGCUGUUAAUGUUGAAUCUGAUACUUCCAUGUCAAGUGAUGAGGAUCCUGAAUAUUUGUCAACAUGUUCUUCCUUGGAAGACAGUACUGAAAUUGAAAGUGCUGACGAAGGAUGUUAUGGGGAUGGCGCUGGCGCUGGUGAUGCCGUGUGUGCCGAGAAAAAUUCGCUUGCAGCCGAUUUAAGAGGCUGGAAAAACAAAUUUCACGUUCCACUUAACCAAGUUGGAGAGCUGUUAGAUAUUCUUCGUAAAUAUCACCCAGAACUGCUGAAAUCCGCGAAAACGUUAUUGGGUACUCCGCGCCAAAAAGCUCUAGUUAGAAACGUUAACCCUGGCAUUUACUAUCAUUUUGGAAUCGAGAAAAGGUUGUUGUCCAUUUUGACUUCCGUCGGAUUCUUGAUUCUUGAUGACCCUGUUGGAAUUUUCAUUGGCAUCGACGGCGUUCCUUUAACAAAAAGUUCAGGGAGCCAGUUCUGGGUAAUUGUUGGCUAUUUACCUUUUAUUGAAGACUCUGUGGCUUUCCCUGUUGGUGUUUAUCAUGGCAAAACCAAACCAAAAUUAUCAAACAAUUUUUUACAAGAACUAGUGGAAGAAGCGCAUCAUCUGUACACAACAGGAUUUAGUUAUCGUGGCAACUGCUACAAAUUGAAAAUUGAAGCCUUCAUUUGUGAUGCUCCCGCACGAGCAAUGAUAGCUUGCGUAAAAAGCCACGCAUCAGACCGUUAUGGUUGCGCUAGAUGUACAGGAUUUGGUGUUAUUCUAGGGGAAUUAAGAACCAACGAUUCUUUCAGGGGAAAAAACUGUGUCGAUCACCAUCACUGUCGAUCGAUAUUACAAAAUUUGGACUACGUAGACAUGAUCCAUGAUCUGCCUUUAGAUCCGAUGCAUCUUUUCGAUCUCGGUGUACAAAAAAAAAUGUUAACGAUCUUGUGUGGAAUUGAUUCACGUAAAAAAAUUCGAGGUGUGACAUUGACACUUGUGGUCGUUGAACAAAUUGAUGCAUUUCUUGCCAUUAUCCGGCAAUUUAUAUCUCGAUUAGAAUUUGCCCGUCCACCUCGUAGUGUUAAAGAACUUCCAAGAUGGAAAGCGUCAGAAUACAGAGUCAUUCUCCACUACGUAGGGGUCGUUGUAUUUCGUAACUAUUUGCCCUAUACUUUAUUUAACCAUUUUCUCUUACUGCACUAUGCUCGACAAGUAGAAGAAGAAAAUUGUAAGCUGUCUUCUCGUCCUUCUGUGCCCGCUAUGUUACCAAAAUUGAAAUGUGUGGAACCCCACAAUGAUGGCCCUCUUGUUCAAAAUUUAGUUGGAUGUCAGUUUUAUACUGCUCAGAUUAAAGGAAUUGGAAUUACUAAAUCUCGAAGCCUGGCUGAUAGUUGCGUUUUUUUAUCGGAUUUGAGCGUGAUUGAAGUUAAGAAUUUCGUGAUUGUUGGUGAUGCUACCGUUGUAAUUGGUCACCUCUAUAAAACUCAGCAGAGCUAUUCUGUGUACCCGUUUCAAUCGUCCAACAUCAGCGAAUAUUUAGUAUCAGAGUUAUCCACUGAACUACGUGCAUCUGAUGUUUAUGACAUCCUUUAUAAAGCUGUGCGAUUACCCACUUUUCUUUUUUUGGACGGCUCGUUUGUGGUUUUCCCGUUAAGAAAAAAAUAA